AUGGCAAAGAAUGGACUUGUAAUUUACGUCCUGGUUAUCAUCUUGCUCCUGGACCAGACCAGCUGCCACGCGUCCAAGUUCAAAGCCAGGAAGCACAGCAAACGCCGAGUGAAAGAGAAGGAUGGAGACCUGAAGACUCAAGUGGAAAAGCUCUGGCGAGAAGUCAACGCCCUGAAGGAAAUGCAAGCCCUGCAGACAGUCUGUCUCCGAGGCACAAAAUUUCACAAAAAGUGCUACCUUGCCGCUGAAGGCUCGAAGCACUUCCACGAAGCCAAUGAAGACUGCAUUUCCAAGGGCGGGACCCUGGUUGUCCCCAGAAGCUCCGAUGAAAUCAACGCCCUCCGAGACUAUGGUAAAAGGAGCCUGCCGGGGGUCAAUGACUUUUGGCUGGGCAUCAACGACAUGGUCGCAGAAGGCAAGUUUGUCGACGUCAAUGGGCUUGCCAUCUCCUUCCUCAAUUGGGACCAGGCACAGCCUAAUGGUGGCAAGCGGGAAAACUGUGCCUUCUUCUCCCAGUCAGCUCAGGGCAAGUGGAGUGAUGAGGCCUGUAGCAGCAGCAAGAGGUACAUGUGUGAGUUCACCAUCCCUCAAUAG